AUGUUUGAGAAUGAACAUUUAGAUGACGAUGCUAUAGCUCUCAAAAUGACAGCAGCAAUUACUUCCGGCGUGUCAAUACCAUUUACAAGUUUUGCCCCUCUUUUUGCAUCUGUAAAUGAAAUGUUUAACGAAAUAAUAGAAAUAAAUCAAACAUCAGAACAUGAUAAAAAAAUAUGUGGGAUAUUUGUUGUUAGAGUCCAAUUAGCUGAUACGGUCGUAAAUAAGUUUAAAAGUCUAAACGUUAUUGGUAAAAUUCGUAAAUUUAUUGAAGAAAUUUCUCAGUUAAGGGGGUUAUCCAAGCAUAUUUAUGCCAAAAGAACUAAAAAAUGUGUUAAAGAACUAACGAAUGAAUUAGAUUCUAUUAUAAAAAAUAUACAACUUUCUUUUAAUGAAGAUUUAAUGAAGUACAGUGAAGAUACUGGCAGCGGUAUAACUAACGUGAAUCAAAAUGUCUCUAAAAUAGUUAUGCAAAUUAAUUCGCUUAAUACUACGCUGAAUCAACUGGCGAAGAAAAAUUCAACAAACCAACCAUUCCAAUUACUUGAUUUUAAUGAUUUUGAAGAAGUAGAUAUCUCAAGAAACGGAAAAAUAAGAAAAUACAAGAGAACAAAAAAUGGAUGGAAUGAUUAUGUUGCUUUAAAGUUAGUGGUUGAAAAAGAAAGCAUUACAGAAUGGGCUGAUUAUGGCAAUUUACGUGAAUAUUAUCAAAAAUAUGGUCCACUAGAAAUCAUUCAUCAUGACAUAAGAGCCGAGAAUAUCUUAAUUACCGAUAAUGAUACAGCGAAAAUUGCAAAUUUUGAUGCAAGCCGAGCAAUAUAUGUUGAAGAAUCAGGAAAUCUAAAAUCAACCCUAGAAGUAGUUCGAUAUUGCUCCCCUGAAAAUUUAUUGUCUAAAAAAAAAUAUAAUACCAAGUGUGAAGUUUAUAGUUUUGGUAUUCUCCUUUGGGAAAUAGCCGAAGAAAAAAUUCCUUAUAAGAAAUUUGAACUUGCAAAAAGAGCUACUCAUCAUGAUCAUAUACUAAGACCUCAGUUAUCAGAAAUCUCUAAAAUACUACAAGCUCUUUAUGAAUUUAGUAGAAAGAAACCAACAUUUGGCAUGACAGCGACAUUUUCUUAUGCAGAAACUUCGACUAACCUGAUACCAUUUGAUCUAUUUGCACAAAAUGAAUCAACAACUUUUCAAAAUAAUCAAUCAUCUUCACAAAUUUGGAUAGAAGACUCGAUUGAAAAAAAAUUUAUUUAA